AUGAACUCCGCGCCGAGCGAGCACGACGUGUUGGCGUCUCUCCCUCCGCCCCCCUCGGCCCUCCCCGACUAUCACGCGGCGCACUGUCCUGACGAGACACUCGACGACUGCACUCUCCCGACCUCAAUCUCCGACGACGUCGUCACGGCCCACGCGCGCAGUCGUCGGUCGAAACUGCCCACGUCGGCUGCAAAAGCGUCUUCGGCCGCUGCUCGUUCGAUGGCUGCCGUCGCCCGCUCGACACUCGCUCACAGUGGACGUCGUUUGCUCUCACCGCGUCACAACAACAAGAGCCCGACUCGAACAGCGACGAAAGCCGAGACGACCGCUGUCGAGCUCAGCGAAGCUGCGCACGCGACCGACUCAUUGGCUUCCGUGGCCGCCGCUGCCGGGUCGUUGACGUCGGGUCUGACGUCGUCGCUCACCAGUGCGUCGUCGUCGUUUGGCUCGCUGCUGUUCGCGUCCCGAAGCUUUAGUAGCAGCCAUGCGGACGACGUCGACGACAAGUCGAGCAGCUCGGGGGCAGACCGAGAAGAGGACGAAGCGGCAGUAGCGCGGGCUGCAGAAGCAGUGGCCGAAGCAUUGACGCGGCAGAGGAUGAAGAUUUUGGAGGACUUGGUGCAGCACCGACGCUCGGACUGGACGUACCUCAAGGCCAUGCACGAAGGCGCAAAUUACUGGCUGAACGUGGCCUUGUUGAGGGAGCAACAGGUCAUGGCCCGCAUUGGCGAGAAACCGAGCGUUCGUCGUGGAGCGCAGUUCUUUUACCUCGGCAUUGGACUAGGGACGUUGCUUGGCGACGUGGCGCACCCGGAGCUAUUGGCGAUGGAUUGCUGCCAGUUGCUGGAAGAACUCGAAUUCCACUUUUCGUCCUCGACGGUGCAGGGUGUGAAAAUGAUGGUGGCGACGUUGAGUACGCUUCAUGAGCCUCUGGACAAGGAGAGCAGUCCGGAGUGUUCGGGUGGCGAGCCAUUCCGACCAAGUGUGCACAAGUGGAACCAACGGCCAGUAUACCGCCGACUCCUGACACCUUCGAUUCCUUUCCCACUCGACUACCGGGAGGUAUUGCUGUCUUUGUGUGACAUCUUGGCGCUCAUUUACAGCAAGCUGGUCGAAGAUGUCAGAGCCUCCGAGAACGUGAACGUGUUUGAAUCCAUCAUCCGGUUCGAUGACCGCAUAAAGAAACUUUUUAUCGACCCUGUUAAACGGGAGUUCUCGGCUGUGGCUUCGCAAGUAAUGGCUGAGGAAAUGAGAGUUGUCCGCAAGACCUAUGCGUCAGGUGCCCGAGAGAGCGAAAGCGCGUUACCUGCUUUGGCUUCGGUCACAGCCUUCGAUCCGAAUGCCACGCCUCGUCUCAGCCGAUUGUCAGGAGAGUCUGCCAAGAGCAGCACGGACUGA